AGUGAGUAUGACUCAUAAUAACCAGUUAAAAGGCUUUCCCAUUAACCAGGACUUGCUACUCUAUGCAAACUAGCCCCACUUCAAUCCUGUGUGGUUACUAUUAGAAAUGCAUCUUCUGUUUUGUUGGACCUGUGUUCUGGUCUUGGUUCUGCCUGGUCCAUGUUCUACAGCUCCUACAUCUAUUCCUGAAGAAGAGGUUACUGCACUCCUCAUAGGACAGACCCAGAAUGACCUGAAGCUGGCCACAGUAAGUGUAUACUUGAAUGAGUGAAAUUACAAAAUUACAGACAUUUGACAGGGACUGCAUGUUACAUUGUUUACAGUACAUAAAAAUGCUAAUUUUAAAUAACAUGUUAACGUUUUUCUGAACUACUGACUGUGGAUGCGGAAAAACGUAGAGUAAUCAAAAAAAGGUGCUUGCUAGCAAGUUGUGUACUUGAUAGUGUAUGUGAUGUAAACAGAGAGGUCUACUAUAUCAUCCACAUUGAUCACAUUUCUACUAAUACUGUAUCCGUACCCAUUGGAUGCAGUGAUCACAAUAUAGUGGCUAUAUCCCGGAAAGUAAAGGUUCCAAAAGCUAGUGUAUAAGAUUUUCUAAUUAUUGAUAAACAUGCAGCUGUAAAGAAACUGAUUGUUAGAACUGUUAAGGCUCCAUGGAUUGAUGAGGAAUUUAAAAACUGUAUGGUUGAAAGAGAUGGGGCAAAAGGAGUGGCUAAUAAGUCUGGCUGCACAUCUAACUGCCUGACUUACUGCAAAUUGAGAAAAAAAAACUCCUUCUUUCAUCCUAUCAGAUGGCUUACUUAUCACAAAACCAUUUGACGUUGCCAAUAAUUUGUAUGAUUACUUAAUUGGCAAAGUGGGCAAACUUAGGCAGGAAAUGCCAACAUUGAAAAGUGAGCCAUCGUUUUCAUAAAUAAAUACAUAAAAAUAAUGCAUUGUAUGUUUGAAUUUUGGAAAGUUAGUGUAGGAGAGGUGGAAAAGGUAUUGUUAUUGAUCAAUAAUGACAAACCUCCUGGCAUUGACAACUUAGAUGGAAAGAUACUGAGGAUGGUAGCUGACUCUAUAGCCAGUUUUAGCCACUCCUAUCUGUCAUAUCUUUAAUCUGAGCCUAGAGAAAAGUGUUUGUCCUCAGGCCUGGAGGAAAGCCAAAGUCAUUCCGCUACCCAAGAAUGGUAAAGCGGCCUUUACUGGUUCUAACAGCUGACAUAUCAGCUUGCUGCCUGCUCUUAGCAAACUGUUGGAAAAAAUGAUGUUUGACCAAAUACAAUACUAUUUCUCUCUAAACAAAUUAAGAACAGACUUUCAGCAUGCUUAUAGAGAAGGGCACUCAACAUGUAUUGCGCUGACACAAAUGACUGAUUAUUGGUGGAAAGUAAUGGAUAAUAAGAAGAUUGUGGUACCUGUACUGUUAGUUUUCUGUGCAGCCUUUGAUAUUAUUGACCAUUACCUGUUGUUGAAAAAACAUAUGUGUUAUGGCUUUUCAACCUCUGCCAUAUCGUGAAUUCAGAGCUAUUUAUCUAAUAGAACACAGAGUGUGUUCUUUAACGGAAGCUUCCCUAAUUUUAAACAUGUAAAGUGUGGUGUUCAGCAGCUCUCUUGGCCCUCAACUCUUUUCUAUUUUUACCAAUGACCUGCCAUUGGCAUUAAUCAAAGCCUGUGUCCAUGUAUGCUGAUCAUUCAACCCAAUACUUGUCAUCAAUGACAGCUAGUGAAAUCACUGCAACCCUAAACAAAGAGUUGCAGUCAGUUUUAGAAUGGGUGGCCAGUAAUAAACUGGUCCUGAACAUCUCUAAAACUAAGAGCAUUGUAUUUGGUACAAAUCAUUCCCUAAGUUCUAGACUUCAGCUGAAUUUGGCAAUGAAUGGUGUGGCUGUUGAGCAAGUUGAGGAGACUAAAUUACUUGGUGUUACCUUAGAUUCUAAACUGUCAUGGUCAAAACAUAUUGAUUCAAUGGUUGUAAAGAUGGGUAGAGGUGUGAUCGUACUCCUGAGUGGCGCAUUGGUCUAAGGCACUGCAUCGUAGUGCUAACUGUGCCACUAGAGAUCCUGGUUCGAAUCCAGGCUCUGUCGCCGCCGGCUGCGACCGGGAGACUCAUGGGCGGUGCACAAUUGGCCCAGUGUCGUCCAGGGUAGGGGAGGGAAUGGCCGGCAGGGAUGUAGCUCAGUUGAUAGGGUUGUGGGUUCGAUUCCCAAGGGGGGCCAGUAUAAAAAAAUAAAUAAAUAAAAUGUAUUCACUAACUGUAAGUCGCUCUGGAUAAGAGCGUCUGCUAAAUGACUAAAAUGUAAAAUAAACACCACACUCCACAAAGCAAGUCAUGCAGGCUCUAGUUUGAUCUUAUCUUGAUUAUUGUCCAGUCAUAUGGUCAAGUGCUGCAAAGAAAUACCUAGUUAAGCUGCAGCUGGCCCAGAACAGCGUGGCACGUUUUGCUCUUUGUAGUCAGAGGGCUAAUAUCAAAACUAUGCAUGCCAGUCUCUCUUGGCUAAGUGCUUCUUGUUUUUAUAAGAAACAAUGUGUUGGAAAUUCCAAAAUGCUUGCAUAUUGAACUUACACAGCACUGACACACACACUUACCCCAUCAGACAUGCUACCAGGGAUCUGUUCACAGUACCCAGAUCCAAAACAAAUUCAAGGAAACGUAUAGUAUUAUACAGAACCAUGAUUGCAUUGAACUCCCUUCCAUCUCAUAUAGCGAGAGUGAACAGAAAACCUGGUUUAAAAAAACAAAUAAACCAACACCUCAGGCACAACGCCUCUCCCCCAUGUGACCUACUUUUUGUGUGUAUGUACUGACAUGUGUAACUGAUAGAUACACACACACACACAUACAGACACACACUACAUGUAAAUGUUUUUAAAUGUAUGUCAAUUGUAAAGUAUUUUGUCUGUACUGUAAUGUAUUUUUCAUUGUGUCGGACCCCAGUAAGACUAGUUGGCUAAUGGGGAUCCUAAUAAAAUCCCCCCCAAAAUACUUGUAACUGCACUGUGUGAGAUAAUCUCUUUUUAUCCUUUUUUAUUGUCGUGGGUGGGAGGCGGAGCUAAACACAAUUACCUCAGAAUGUACAUGCCCUCACAAUCAAGCACAGUAUAUAUUCCAAGUUUGGCAAGGCAAGGCUACAAAAAAAUCUGUUUUUAAUUUAGAACGUAAACGUGAUAUGCACUGUGGUACCAUUAAACUGCAGGAUAAUUGUGAUUAUUUCAAGGUUGCGUCUGAACAAACCCUAUAUUUAUUUUAUGGAUUUGAGCAAACUAUGCAUUAUUGCUGAACCACUGAUGUAAAAUUAUGCUUGAACAUGAAUUGUUCUGCUAUGCCAAGCCUCACGCAACAGUUGUGCUAGAAUAUCAGAACUAGAAAGAAGUUAGAAUGGGGAAAAUAAUAUGAACCCUUUGCCUCCAAUUCCCUAUAAAGUCUGUCCUUGGUACAGUGUUUCCACAUCUCUAGUAUUUCCAACAAGAAAUUGUAACAAAGUAAUUGAGUCAUUGCUCAGUCAGCAUAAUAUUGAUUUAUGAUGUUACGUUAUAUGAUAGUGAGACACUACAGAAGCUUUCAUCUGUUCUCAGGAGUACCUCCGGCAUUAUUACAACCUGAAGAAAGAGCAACCUUUGGGUCGGAUCAAGCGGUACCUGCCCUCGUUCACCUCCAAGGUGAAGGACAUGCAGAGCUUCUUUGGCCUCAACACCACAGGCAGUCUGGACUCUAAGACCCUGGAGGUGAUGAGGACCCCUCGCUGUGGGGUCUCUGAUGUGGAGGACUACAGUCACAACAACCGAGUAAACCGCUGGAACAAGAACGUCAUCACCUACAGGUAACAGUUAUUCCUCUGAAAUUCGAUCCAUGGCAACUGGAAGGCAUGAUAUCAUCAGAGGAUUUGUGUAUUAGCUCACAGGAGGCUGUGGCAGGUAGCCUAGUGGUUUAGAGCAUUGGGCCAGCAACCUUUCAAAAGGUUGCUGGCUCAAAUCCCGAGUUGACUAGAUUAAAGAUCUGCCAAUGUGCCCUUGAGCACGGCACGUAACUAUAAUUGCUUCUGUAAGUCGCUCUGAAUAAGAGUGUCUGCUAAAUUACUAAAUUGUAAUUGUUUGAUGUUGCAGCAUUGGCAGGUAUACCAGUGAUUUGCCUCACAGCACGGUGGACUCUCUGAUCGAGUCGGCGCUUAGCGUCUGGGCCAGGGCCAGCACUCUGACUUUUGUCAGGUCACGCACACAGAGGGCCGACAUCAUGGUGGAGUUUGCUACCUUUGGUGGGUAACACCUAUAGUGGUCUUUCUGGGUAACACUUUAUAUUAAGGUAUACUUUAUAAAGGGUUUAUAUACUUUAUUGACUAUUUAUAGAUGGUUGGUUUACAGAUAGUUUUGAAUAAAUUAUAAACAGUUCACUUACUGUUUGAUGCUCCUAAUACUCAACUCCUAAACAAGGGAGUAGUAAAAACAUCUGCUUUGACUCUGACAUUUUGUUGUGUGUUUUCUCUAACCUCUGGGACAUAAAGACCACGGUGAUGCCUACCCGUUUGAUGGGUCUAAGGGCACCUUGGCACAUGCUUUUGGCCCUGGAGAGGGAAUUGGAGGUGAUGCCCACUUUGACGAUGAUGAAACUUGGACGGCAGGGUCAAAGGGUAUCCAUUUUUAUUUAACAGAAUCAUUUGAAUUUUUUUAUAUUUACUGAUCAGUGGUUAUUUUUUCGUUUUUAAACAAGAGAGAAUGACCAAAUAAACUGUUUGUGCAUGUUCAUGUUUGUGUGAUUUCAGGGUUCAACCUGUAUCUAGUGGCAGCCCAUGAGUUUGGUCAUUCUUUAGGCUUAAGGCACUCCCAAAACCCAGAGUCACUGAUGUAUCCUACAUACAAAUCCAGUCGCAGUGCACACAACCUGCUCUCCAAAGAGGACAUAGCAAUAAUCAACUCACUUUACGGUAAGGAGACCAUUCAACAAAUUACAAUUCUGAAUGUAAGAUAAGAUCAUACAGUAACGGCCCAUGGGCCCUUGUUAAAAGUAGUGUGCUAUAGUGCAUAGUGUAUACAUAGGGAAUAGCAAUUUCAGACACAGACUACAUUUUUCUUUUGGUGUGCCUUAGGUCCAAAAAACAGUCAGCCAUAUUACUACUCCAGACAUGGCUGGAAUCCACUUUACAACCCCUGGUUACUGGGUUCCCACUUCCCUCUGAUGAUGCAGAACAAAUGUUCCCCUGACCUGUCCUUUGAUGCUGUCUCAACCCUGGGGGAUGCCACCUUCUUUUUCAAAGACAAGUAUGUCCAUCCACCCUGUUGAAAUGUCAGUAGUAUUGAUGAAUGAAAAGCAAACAAAUCUGUGGAUUCAAAUGUUGUUUUUUCCCCCUUCUGAAGGUAUCUUUGGAUCAAGCACAACCAGCAAUAUGAUAUAAAAGCAGGUCCUAUCAACAAUUUCAUGCCAAAGAUUGAAUCCAAAAUUGAUGCUGCAUUCUGGGUCCCUCGGCGAUCCACUGCUUACCUGAUUCAUGGUACAGACAUCUCCUACCAUAUUACCCCAUCAUGGUUAACAGCGUGUAAUGAAUGUAUAGGACUCAUUUUCUGAAAAUAAAGUGAAGACAGUUUGGAAAAGGAACCCUAGUGGCCGCCUCAGCUGACGCAUCAGCUGAGAUUGCACCAAUUAGAUGCUAGUAUCAAUCACGCCUACCUUAUUUGGCGGUCUAUUAAGCUGACCGUUUCUGCUCAUACAUCCUGCUGCCGCUUGCUGCUACUGCUAGUAUGCGUUCGCUUCUUUUGCUCCCUCAACCACCCCAGCCUCCACCUGUUAGGUUCUGUUUUCCUGCUGGGGGAUUGGUAUAGUUUACCGCGCUUCAAUGCUUGUAAGUAAUUUUAGAUAUUGACGCUUUGCUUGGGCAGUGAGCUACCCUGAAGGAGCAGAGCCUAUAUCGCUAAGACUUGCAUUAUUAAUUAUUUAAUAAAUAGUUAAACAUAUUUCUACAUGGUGUUUCCAUUCUAACUAUGAGCCAUCCUCUGUUUGUUCCAGAAACCAUGUACUGGACAGUGAAGGGUUCCAUUGUGAAAGGCAAACCUAAACCCAUCAGCAACUUUGGCUUCCCACCAUGGGUUCAGGAAGUAGACGCAGCGGUACACAUCGUCAAAACAGGACGCACUCUGUUCUUCAUUCACAACAUUUACUACAGGUGAGCCUGGCAUUCUGAAACAUCACCAGUGUAUUGUCAUUAGCCUACAGUACAAAAUAUCAUUAUAGCAUAUUGAAUAUAUUGCAGAGAAACUGUAUUGUGGACGUUGUUUUUUUCAGUUAUAAUGAAAACCGAAGAGUUAUGGAUGCUGGAUACCCACAGUACAUCAGUGAUGACUUCCCAGGGCUCAAUACUACUAUUGAUGCAGCUGUCUACAAAGAUGGUAAGCUACUGUUACAUCACGACAACAAAGAUCAUGCCAGCUCAAUUUGAACAUUUCAUUUUGUAAAAGUCCUUCUAAUUGUUAAAUUUUCAUUUAUCCUAGGCUUCAUCUACUUCUUCGUUGGACCACAAGUGUAUACAUACGAUUAUACCCAGAAGCAAGUUGUUGGAACUGAGAAAGCAAAUACCUGGCUCGGAUGCUGAAGGAUUUUAAUUAGAAGUCACCAAAA